AUUCUAUACUCAGAUUGUUUAGUAUUCGCUUUUGUCUAUCCAUUUUAUCCUAUCCUAUCCUAUUCUUUUUUAUCCUGCCUUCUCUAAGCUGAGGAUUAUUCCUGUAUACUAUAGCACUUACUGUAUAUUUGUCGACCUAUUGCCUCCCUAUUGUCUAUCUAUACGAUCUCACGACCGUCAAGAUUAACGACCACUACACCAACCUCUACUACAGCUACUACGUCCACCACCAGCAAAACUGUCACCUGCAUAUCCAUCAUCACAUCUAUCCCUCGUCUCCGUCUACUCCUUCCAGACCUACGACGCCGAUACCGAAACCCUCCACAACACCCAGUCAACACCCCCAACCACAAACCGAACAAACACCACCACCAGCAUAUCACCUGACUCCCACCUCACCACAUCCAACAACCCCAUCAACAACACAAUCCUCCAAACCAACUCCAUCAUCCAUUCCAUCCAAAAUGUCCUCCGGAACAGCCCGCAACCUCGGCUCCGGCUUCAGCCCCUCCCCAAAACGCACCCCCCGCAAGCUCAACGUCCCCGAGUCCACCCCCCUCAAGGAAAAAGACCCCGAGCCGCCCGCCACACCGUCACCCCAUCGCGCCGGCUCCCAGUCACGGUCUCAGUCCCAGCUGGGCCUGAACCAAGGCGAGCAGCGCGACCUCACGUCCGCGUCGCCCGCCCCGGUCGAAGACACCCAGUCGCAGGCACAGUCCCAGGCUGCCUCGGCCUCCGGCUCUGUCGGCGGCCUGGGCGGCGCGAUGUCGAGCAUUGCGGGCGGGAUCGCAGGGGGGUUGAAGAGCGCUGUGUCUGGUGUGAGUCGCGUCGGACGAGGCGCGACGGACACGGCGGGCGAUACCGUGGGCCAGGUUGGUGAGACAGUGCAGCAGACACUUGAUCUGUCGGCACUGAAAGGUCUCGAGGUCGGCCAGGAGGGCAAUAUUGCCGAUUCCGCGGGCAAUGUGCUCGGACGCAUUGUGGAAGGCGAUCCGGCCGAUUUGGUCGGGUAUGUGGUGAACGAGAAUGGGGAGGUAUUGGAUCAAGACGGCGAUUUGAUCGGACGGGCGGAGGUCGUGCCGGACGCGGCGCAGAAGGUCGCAGGGGCCGUGGAGGACUCGGUCGCUGUGACGGAGCUGUCGGCGCUGAAGGGUAAGGUGGUGAAUGAUGAAGGACUGUUGAAGGGCGAUGAUGGCACAGUUAUUGGGAAGGUGGUGGAGGGCGAGGCGAAGGAUUUGGUGGGGUAUGCGCCGAACGAGGAGGGCCAGAUCCUCGAUCAGGAUGGGGAUCUGGUCGGCAGGGUUGAUGUCGUUGCGAAGGCGGCAGCGGAUGACGUUGGCAGUGUUGUGCAGGAAGUUGGCGGCGUUGCCGAUAACGCUGAGGCGAAGGCGUCUGGUGUUGGAAGCGCUGUUCCUUCCGGUGCUGGCGCGAAGAGUGGUGUUGAUGAGGCUGCGGACGAUGUUCAGAACUUGUCGGUUGAGGACAAGUCCAAGGCUGACGAUGCCACGGUCACUGCUGAUGAGUCGGUUUCGAACGUCGGCUCGAAGGUCGAUGCUGGAUCUAAGAUCGAAGAUGUCGGUUCCAAGGCUGAUGAUGCCUCGAAGGUCGGCUCAAAGGCCGACGAGGCAAGAUCAAAGAUCGAUGAAACUGGCUCCAAGCUCGAUGCUGGUUCCAAGAUCGAGGAGACGGGCUCCAAGGUCGGCUCAAACGUCGACGAGACAGGCUCUAAGCUCGACGAAGCCGGAUCCAAGAUUGACGACACCGGCUCGAAGGUCGAUGAAGCUGGCUCGAAGGCCGGGUCGAACAUCGACGAGACUGGUUCUAAGCUGGAUGAAGCUGGUUCCAAGAUCGACGAGACCGGAUCCAAGACCGAUGAGGCUGCCUCGAAACUUGACGAAACUGGCUCCAAGGCCCCCGACGACGCGACCGAAGUAUCCGGCGACUUUGAAUCCACCAAAGAAGUCCAAGAGGGCGAAGAAGUCGAGCUGCCUCCCCUCUCCAUCCUCGAGGGCCUUACCACCAACAAAAAUGGCAACAUCAUCAGUCCGACGACCGGUAAGCCGAUCGGUAAGGUGACUGAAGGCGACGUCAAGAAGCUCGCACGCAGCGGCGCCCAGCUGGACGCAAAGGGCCAGUUCUGGGACAACCGCGGCAACGUGCUAGGGAAGGCCGAGACACUCCCCACGCAGGAAUACGAGGAAGAGGCGAUCUUCGCGGGCCUGGAGGGCCUGCAUGUCGUUGAGGACGGGUUCGUCGAAGACGACAAUGGCAAGCGAGUCGGAAAGAUCGUUCAAGGCGACGCGAAGAAGGUUCUCGGCCGCGCGGUCGAUCAGGACGGAGAAGUCACCGAUAGUCACGGCAAUGUGAUCGCGAAGGCCGAGUACUACGAGGAGCCGGAGGCGGAGGCAGAGCCCGAGCCCGAAGUUAUCGAUCUGUCGAGCUUGAACGGCCUUUCGCCGAACAAACUGGGUCUGGUCAUCGGGCCGAAGGGCAUCCCGAUCGGUCGAGUUGUUGAAGGGAACCCUAAGGAGCUGGCGGGUAAGGAGAUCGACGACGGGAUUAUCUAUGAUGGUCGCAAGCCUGUCGGUCGCGUGGAGCUGAUCCCUGAGAACGAGCGCGAGAAGAAGGCCGAGGGACCGUUCGCGGGACUGGAGGGCCUGGUCGUUGAUGACGAGGGCUUCGUGGUCGAUGAGAAUGGCAACCAGGUCGGCAAGAUCACCGAAGGCGAUAUCAAGCAGCUGCGCGGCCGUAGCGUCGACGAGGACGGCGACGUGAUCGACAAGUUCGGCAGCGUCAAGGGCCACGCUGAGCCAUACUCGCCUCCUGAAGAGGAGCCUCAGCCGGAGGUCGACCUGUCCAUUCUCGAAGGCAAGGUCGUCAACAAGGCCGGCAACGUGGUCGACGGGUCUGGCACUGUCUUCGGCCGUCUGGUUGAAGGCGACAAGCGCCUGGCCGGCCGCAAGGUGGACCGCUACGGCCAGAUCUGGGGCGACAACGGCGAGGUGAUCGGACGCGCGGAGCUCAUCCCCGGCGCUGAAGAAGAGAAACCCGAAGGCUCGUUCUACGGCAUCGAGAGCCCUGUUGUCGGCAAAGACGGCGUCGUGACGGACGCAUCGGGCCGCAUCAUCGGGCGCGUGGUCGAAGGCGACGCCAAAAAGCUGGAGGGCCGCAAAGUCGACGAGGACGGCGACAUCCUCGACAAGAACGGCAACAGCCUGGGCCGCGCCGAGCGCUGGGAACCCGAAGAGAAGAAGCGCACCGUGAACCCGAUGUCCGGCCGCAAGGUCACCCGCGAGGGCGAAGUGCGCGACGCCGACGGCAACCUCAUCGGCAAACUGACGUCCGGCAACCUGCCGACGCUCGUGGGCAAGGAGAUCGACGACAACGGCUACGUCGUUGACAACGACGGCAACAAGAUGGGCGAAUGCACACUCAUCGAGAACAUCCCUGAGCCUGAGCCCGAGGAGCCGGAGCCAGAGCCUGAGCCCGAGCCCGAGCCCACGAAGGAAGAGCUCGAGGCGCAGAAGGACCGCGAUCUGGCGAAGAAGAUGAGCGCCAUCAUCGGCCAGACGCUGGACCGCGUGCGCCCCAUUUGCAAGAUGAUCAUGGACUAUAUCGAGAAGGCGAACCGCACGCCGCGCGAGGAGCUGGAUGAGGAAGAGCUCGUCAAGAACGUGAAGCCCCUUCUCGAAGAGGGAGGUAGCAUCCUGCAGGAAUGCAAUGGCGCCAUCCGCGCGCUUGACCCCGAUGGCCACAUCGCUGCGACCGCUAAGGCGCGCGCGGCGUCGCAUGAGGCAUCGCCCGAGGAAUACGCCCUCGCGGACCAGAUCAAGGAACUGACCGACACUGUCGUGCACACGAUCGAGACGGGCAAGCGCCUCAUCGCGGACAUGCCCCAUGCUAAGAAGGAACUCAAUCCCUUGUGGGCGCUUCUCGGCGAGCCCUUGUUCCAGAUCAUCGCGGCCGUGGGUCUGCUUCUGACUGGUGUCUUGGGUCUGGUUGGUCGUCUUCUGGAAGGUCUCGGACUGGGUCCCUUGGUGCACGGCUUGCUCGGUGGACUGGGUCUUGAUAAGUUGCUGAGUGGUCUCGGAUUGACAUCGUUGACCGAUGCGUUGGGAAUCACCGGGAAGAAGAAGAAAUAAGCUGGGAGAAUGAUAUGAUGGAAAAUGGAGGCUAUGUUUAUGGUUUUGAUUAUGGUUUUGAUAUCCUUCAAUUCUCGGUAUUGCUUAAUUUGCCUAAUUUGUGUAUGAUAGCAAGAUUCAAUCUACUUACAUAUUGUUCAAG